AUGAAGACAGUUAAUUUUUACAUGCUGUUAUUUUGCUGGAAAGCAAUCUGUUGCAAUAGCUGUCAGCUCACCAAUAUUACUAUAGCAGUAGAAAGAGAAGAAUGUGAAUUCUGUAUUACAGUGAAUGCCACGUGGUGCUCAGGAUACUGCUUCACAAGGGAUCCAGUAUAUAAAUAUCCACCAGUAUCAUCCGUUCAGCAAACAUGUACCUUCAAGGAGGUUGUGUAUGAAACAGUGAAGAUCCCUGGCUGUGGUGACCAUCCCGAAUCUUUUUAUUCGUACCCGGUAGCUACAGAGUGCCAUUGUGAGACCUGUGACACUGACAGCACUGACUGCACUGUGAGGGGACUGGGGCCAUCCUACUGUUCCUUCAGGCAGAAUGGAAGUAACCAAUGAAGGCUACUUGAGAUGGCAGUUUGGCUUUAAAUGUUCACUUCUAAAUAAAGGUACUGAUCGGGCAUAUGCGGAAGAUAAUAGGCAAGGCUAUUUAGAAACUGCCAAGACUGAAACAAAGAUUUUUAAGGCCAAAUCGACACCUACUGCCUGAACUUCUCUCCAGGCCUUCCCUACUUAUCCCAUCAGUUUCCUUAAAAUCAUUUUCAUAGGUCUAUAGAACACUGCUUCCAAUUCCUUCUGCCCUUGCCUCCUCUUCUUCUCUAUUACACCUUCAUUCUUUAUAUUCCUGUAUUUCCACUGUCUAGUUCACUUAGCUUAUUCUAUGCUAUCCUAAACUUUCAAAAAGUUCCCAAGUUCCAAGUCUUUAUUACCCCCUGCUUUCCAUCUCUCCUCAGAAAGCGCUUAUUUUAAAAAGGCUUGCUGCGCUGGUUUUCUUAUAGCCAACAUCUGUGCCCUCACUUUCUAUUAGUUGGACUAUAAACCUCUCUCAGCUGAGAUCCUGACUUUUUUUUGACAAAAUAUUUCAUAUAGUCAUUAUGCUCUGUAAAUAGUAACAGCGUGUUUAUUUAAGAGCCAAAAUCUAUGUUCAAAUGUUGAAAGUCACCUGAACUCUUGUGCUUUCUCAGUAAGGCUUGUUAGCUCAGGCCCAGUGCCACAAUAACACAAAUAACAUGAACUCUAGUUCAUAGCUGGCUAACUUGAAAAAAGAAUCAUCAGCUGUCUACUUUCACCUGAGUAAACACAUCCUAAGUCAGUUAAACAAUUCUGAGAAUUUUGCCACAUAUCAGAAACACUGGAUUUCCUCUCAUGAUGCAACAGAACGUAAUAAUGAGAAUUUUUUUAACACUGUUUAAUAUAGGAGUCUCACAGACUAUUUAGGGAUGAAUCUAGAGGCACCUGAUCCCAUUAGUGCAAACAUGGUGUAAUAACAUGCCUUAAAAGUAGUUCACAGUAGUCCCUUCUGAGAAUGGAAGUUCAUAGAGUUCUGCAGUAACCUAAUUCUGCAAUGGCCAAUAUGAAGUUGGGAUGGUCUGGAAGCAAGCUGGAGGACUGACUGAAUCAGAAUGGAAAAUUACCUCAUGUUAUUGGGAAAAUUAUCUGAAACCUACAAAAUUAAAUCCUAUCAGGAAAAUGAAAAGAUACUGCCCUUCAUCAGAAACAAUCACCUACACAAACACAGAAAGGAGAGCAACUGGUUCAGCAGCAGUUCGGCACCAAAGACUUGGAGGUUAUACAAGCUAAGUAUGAGUCAACACUAUCCCACCAAUGCGGAAAAGUGGGAAUGUAAGGAAUAGAAUCUACAAGACACAACCUACUUCCACCACUCAGCUCAACAGAUAAGGGCCUCAACUGAGUUGUUAUUUCCAGCUUUGGACACAGAACUUCAAGGCAUUGAAAAACCAGAGAAAAUCCACAGAAGAGUAAGAAGAGUGGAGAGAGGCCUAAAAAACAUCUUAGUAAAAAAAGAUUUAAAUAAAUGUGGUUGUUUUGCUUAUGGGAUGUAACACAGUGGGAAUUAGUGGAACAUUUUAUAUGCUUGAAGACUGUUACAAAGAGAAAAGGAACAGUCAGUUCUCCAUGUUCAUAGUGAACAGAACAACUAAUGAAAGAUUCAGAGUAGUAACUAGGAAAUCUUCUGAAAGGUACAGACAGCUAAACACUGAAAUAAAUUGUCAGGGGCAGGGGAAGGAAGGAAGGAAGACAGUGGAGUCUGUGGAGCAGUGACCACUACAGGUCUUCAAGAACACAUUGAACCUGUUAGGAAUGACAGAGAUAAAGUUAAUUUGCCAUGAGGCAAGGGAAUAAAGUAGACGACCUCUUGAGGUCG